GCCUGUUAAGACAGCGGUGGGACUCUGCUGCCUUCUGCCUUUUCAACAAGGAACUGCUCCAGCUACCUUGGAAACCGAAAGCUAAAGAAAGGAAAUGGAAACCGAAAGUUAAUGAAAACCAAGAGAAUCGGGAAACUGAAUCUUCUCUUUCUUCCAGAAUUGAGCAAGACAGCCAUCUGCUUACUAAGCCUGGUCCUCAGCUUCUGCCUCUGAAAAUGUCCUUCUCACCGCCCAGUACCUGGGAGAAGAUGUUUCAAGAACUGAUGCAGGAGGAGAAACCCAGGGCCAAGUGGACCUUCCAGUUGGAUAAGAACAUUUUACCCAACGUCAUGGCCAUGGGAUGGCGGCAGUACUUGCAGACAGGACUUGGCAGGUUCCAGUGUUCCAUAUGUAACAGAUGGUGGAUUUCUGCUCAAGUGAAGAUCCUGUGCCACAUGUACCGGGAGCCAGGGAAAUCUCAGGGCCGGGUACUCAUGAGGAUCUUUGGUCAGAGGUGCCAGAAGUGUUCUAAGUCUCAAUUUGAGAAUCCUGAGUUCUUCACAGAGAGCAUCGGAAGGAUUAUGGAGAACCUAAUUAAUUAUAUUCUGCAGAAAUACUAUGGGCAUGGCUCCAAGAAGAAACCAUCAACUUCAAAUGAGAAACCUCUUAAGGUGCCUUUGGAUAGACCCCAUGACACAGCCAAUUGUGAGGCAUGCACUCUGGGCUACCCUGGAGGGUGUUCCUUUGCAUAUGAAGCAAAUCUGCCCAAAUACCCAUCUUCCCAACCAAACAGCCACAGCUCUUCCACACCAAAGAGCCACAGUUCUCCCCCACCAAAGACCCACAGUUCUUCCCCACCAAUGAGCUACAGUUCUUGCCUAAAAAUGAGCCUCAGUUCUUCCCCACCAAUGAACAGUUCUUCCCCACCAAAGAGUCACAGUUCUUUCCCACCAAAGAGUCACAGUUCUUCCCCACCAAAGAGCCACAGUUCUUCCCCACCAAAGAUCCACAGUUCUUUACCUCAGACUAGGAAUAUGUAUGUUGAGAAUAGGCAUUUUGAGGAACACAGAGAGAUCAAUUACACAGAGCUGUUAAUUGGUUUCUCUCUUGCUGCACUUACCUUUAUUCUUCGACUCUUCAAAUAAUAGGCUUAUCAUCUUGUUUUCAUACUAUGGUUAUCAAUAAUAUGGAUGUCAUUUUAACAUGACAGUGAAUUGAUUUGAGAUCAAGCAAGGCCAUGUAUGUAGAGUAAACAUGGUUUCCUGGACAUGCUCUGAAAUGACAUACACACAAUGGACCCCAAAACAAAUCUGUAUUAAAUCACUGAACACUCUCAAUUUGCUUGCUCACUUAUUUGUUAUCAAGUUAUAUUCAUUAAAUCUUGACAAGAA